GAAACAGGCGUGAAUUUUUGGUUACGUCACAUUGUGUAACACUAUUUACAAUUAUAAAAGGGUGGCAGAACUAUGGUUUCACCACUCAAUUUUCGUGUUUAAUUUAAACUAUCGACGUCAGAUGGCACUAAGCUAUGUAUAAAAAUAAAUUCGACAACGUCCUUGGAAAAGUUGUUUCAUCGGCAAUGUUGCGAAGAGAAAGAAAAAGGAAGUUGAAAGUACACGUGAGGACCGGUGAUAGGAAGGGUGCAGGAACAGAUUCGAAUGUUUAUCUUUCAAUAAAAGAUAAAAUCGGUAACAGGAGCGAAGAAUUCAAAUUAGAUCAUUGGUGGAGGAACGAUUUAGAAAGGGGCACAACUGACAGCUUCGAUAUAAACGUUGACAUUAACUUCGGCAUCGUAAAUCAAAUAGAAUUACACAGGGACACAUCUGGAAUCGGCGAUGCCUGGUAUUUGGAUAUAAUUAUCAUCGAAGACAAAGAUCGUAUUGCGACGUUCCCUGUACACAGAUGGAUACACCCGUACAGAAAAUACUGUAUAAACGAAUACGACAGUGUCCUUCCUCAAUUCGACAGCAACAAAUGCCAAAGAUCCAAAGAAUUAACGAGCAAAAGACAGAUUUAUCAAUAUACCACUCAUAUCAAAGACGGACCCGCACAGGUUAGUUUCUGUUUUUCUAUCUUUCAAAACUAUAAACUGGAUACAAAAGUAUUAAAAUAUAUAUAUUUUUUUAAUUUAUAUACAGGAUGGUCGGUAAGUCAGUUAACCGAUAUAAGUUAAAACCAACUUAGUACAGCUUCGAAAUUAUAUUUACAGGUUAACUGACUUUUGGGCCACCCUAUAUUAUUUGUAUACGGGAUGGCCAAUGUAUGCUUAUAUAUACAGUCGA